AUGGCCGUUCCCGCAGGAGUGAUUGCUCCGAUUGUCCCAUUGGCUGGCCUGGACCAGCUGAAAGACGAUUGCGAGAGAUUGCUCAAUGAGAGCGCUAUGCUGACGGACGCAUUGGGAUUGCUGCCUACUGAGGCCGCAUGCUCCCCGAUCCCGAUCGUGCGUCGCAUUGGGAUUGACAUCGAUACUGCGAAGGCACUUUUGGUGCGAAUGAAAUUGAUUGAGAAUUGCAUGGGUGGAGUGCUUCUCAACAACGCCAGCCUGAAAACAUUGGAGCCACAAGCCGGAGUGAAUCCAUUGAGGCUUGGAUCAUUCGCGAACUGCCUCAAAACGGAGGAUUGGCCCAGUCCAUCGGGCAUUGGUCCUUCCGUGGGAUUGGCAUGGCUCAUUGUUGCAUAUACUGCGCAGGCUGGAAUGCGCAUUGGUCCGCAAUUGGAUCACUGGCACAUUGGAAGUGAAAUGACCCUGGAUGGCUCAUUGACGGCAAUGCCUUUCUUCGUUGCAUUGCCCGAGUCACUGAUGCGGAGUGUGGUGGCAGACGGUGUCAUUGCAUUGGAAGGUUUUCCGUGCAGCCAGGCAAAUGCCUUUACCGCCGUUGACCAGGCAUUGGUGAAACUCCAUCAAUGGUGCGAUCAGGUUCCCUCAAUUGAGGCAGGAUUGCACGAGAAUGUCUGGAUCAUUGGCUACCACCCAUUGAUCGCCCGUUUCCCUACGACGUUGAAGAAUCCCGCCACGGGCAAGGGUGGAUUGCUGCAUUGGCGCAAUCAGUCGUACUGCGGCCACUGCUUGAUCUUGGAAGCCAUUGAGGAUGGCAACUCGUAUCGAUUGCAUCAUUGCAUCCCACUGAGCUGA